AUGGCCGAGCUGAGACAACUUGUCAUCAGCCAACAACCGCCUUCGUUAGCGACAGUCUUGCAUCAUCGCCCGCCGACUUCCUUGGUGCUCGUGUGAAUCGUUGAGCCAUCGACCUUCUCCUUGCCUACCUAUCUACAUAUGUAACUACGCGACGCAUUGGGAUUCGAACACAUCAGAUACCAAUUGUGUAGAAGAAGCCUUUUCAAUCCACGACUUGGCCAAUUUGGAGAACAGGAUUCUCUGCAUACUGCUGGUUGGAUUCGACAGGUGGGGUUCUACGUACAAGUACCUACCUAAAUAGGGGUAUUCCCCAACCCUAGCGUGUACGUCAGUGUGGGGUUUUCUUAGCUUCCAGCCGAGCGGCUUGAGCGCGUCCGCUUCAUCAAGGAAGUCGACGCGUGAUCGUUUCUCCCUGACCUCCUCCGUCCCUGGUCUCGUCGCUCGCCCACGAGCAAUUGCCAAUAAGCACCAGCCAUGGCCGAAGAGCCAACCCUCCCCAGUCUUCCGAAGGUGUCCUGGGACUCGCAUACCCAGACUUUCACCAACACCCGGAAGCGUUACCGUGAUGGCGCCUCUGCACAGGCUAUCUUCUCUAAUUCCAGUGACCCUGCCGUCUUCUCGAGCGACGAUGACCCGCACGUCGACAACUACAUAAAUGGACGCCAUCGCAAGAAGCGUUACGUCGGUUCUUGGUUCCAGCAGAUGCCGACAUCAUCUGACUCAACAUUCGGCGAGGUUGCGGAACCACAGCCAAAGCCAAAAAGAACGUUUGAGCGUCAAUGGGACUCUGGUGUGUGGAUGAGUGAUGGGUCUGUAGAUAUGGAUGAUGAAUUCACUAUGGAUGUGGAACAACCGCCGCAAUCCAAGCUCCCACAGUUACAUUGUCCACGCACUGUUCCAUCCGUAGCUCCCGAGGAGAACCUAGCGAUUCACAACAUAAUAGACACAGCUAUUGAGGAGGGAAAUCCAGACAUCGAUCUAUCUUCCCUCGGUGUCACUAGUAUUCCCAAUGGACCUAUAUCACGUCUUGCCGAGCUCGCUCUUAUCCCCUCAGUCGAUAAAGACGUGCCCUUUGAGCAAAGUAAUCCCGAGCUGGGUCUUUACCUAUCUAACAACAGGCUGGCACGUGCGCCGGGUGCUUUAUUUAAUCUUGAACACCUAACAUAUCUAAGCCUUCGGAAUAACAAAAUCUCUGAAUUGCCGCCCUCUAUUGGCAAGUUGCGAAAUCUGCGUGAACUCAAUCUUUCACUCAAUCGUCUUCGCUAUCUCCCUGGGGAGAUACUUGAUCUUCUCGAAUAUCCCUCGGCAUUGUCAUCUUUGCAUGUCCAUCCAAAUCCGUUUCACCGGCCACAGACUCUUCCGCCUUCCGAAAAACCUAGGCAUGGGAAUAUUCAGAUUCCAAAUAAGCAAACACCCAUAUUCGAGAGCCCAGAGUCGCCAUUGUUUUCCUCAUUAGAUAAUCGUGAAGGAGAGGGAACCAGCACAACCUUUUUGGCCGCAUGGCAGUUUGUUCUCCUCGCACGAUCAGUCGUGCAAUAUAGUGAUAGCCGUGGCUCAGUGCUUUCUAAAUUCCAAUUGCCCCGUGUAGAAUUAGAUGAUCAUUCCCGGUCAAAUUCAUGCGAUGAGACGCAACACGUUACUAUCCAGACUGAGGACGUUUCGCUGCUCUCUACACCUCCCUUUCAAAGUCGAACAACUGACGGGCUUCAAAAGUCAAGCCAUGUGCUAUCGCUCUUUGAAUUGGCGUCAAAGUCGGCAUCUCGCGCUGCGCAAAUAUGGGAUCUAACUUCCUAUUUCUCUGCACAAGCACCUACAAGCGUGCUGGGGAGUAUUAAUCGGAUUGCAACGCAGAGCGCCUUGAAUGGUAACUCUGGAACCUUGCCAUGUUCCAUCUGUGGACGACAAAUUACAACACCAGCCGCCCAAUGGAUCGAGUGGUGGGACAUUUCGAAAGCAGAGUGUAAAUCACCAGAGACAUUGGCACUAGAACCCCUUAGUAUGAAUAGAGAGGAGAACGCAAUACCAUUCUUAAGGCGUGGCUGUUCUUGGAAUUGUAUACCAAAGCCAACAGAAUCUGGGAAAUGUGCGCCUGGCAGCGUCCUGUUACCUAAAUUUCGAUAAGGCAUCUGAAACAUCGCUAAGCUCUGCAUCAAUGCAGAUUGUGGAACGCAUAGAUAUUUAUCUGCGCCAUGUCAAAUGGAUGGGGCCCCAGGGCAGGUU